UCGGCUGGCGCAGCGAGCCGCGACGAAUGAAAAAAUGGCCGCGAACGUGAGAACAGAGAUGCGAAUACCAACGCGCGCGGCGCCUCGUCCCCCUGGCCAAAGUGCGACGCAGAGAGAUCCGAUCUGGAGCAGCAGCAAUGACAUUUUUGGAAGUAGCUUGAUGACGCAAUCUGUACAAAAGAAAAAGCCACCUCCACGACCUCCACCUCCAAAAUUUAAUCAGAACCAUAUACAGUAUCAGAAGGAUCAGAAGUCAAGGAAGCCGACCAGACCAACAGAGCUACUGACUAAUUUCUUUGGGCGGAAGAAGCAAGAGAAUCCUCCUUCAUCACGUACUACGAGUCAGUUGCAGAAUCCGAUAUUACAAUCCACAAACUCUAUUGCAACGGUAUCUUUGAUAGAUCUCAGUCCACCUGGAUCACCAACAUUCACAACUCGUUCUAGUGAUGGGGUCAGCAUCGAUAGUUUUGGCAGUGAUGGAAAUUCCAAUCCAUCUGUGUUCACAAGUAGUGGAAACACAUCGCAAACAGAAAGUGCCUUUGAAGAUGAUUUUGAUUUUUUUGGUAUAUCCACCAAGAAAGUAGUGCAAAAUGAUCCAUGGCAAACUAAGACAACAAUACAGGAUCCAUUUGGACCUUUGGAAGAAACAUGCUCAAAUGUGCCUCAAGGCGCUGGUGGUACGUGCCUCUUUCCACCUAAUUUCAACAAUCAUAUAACAAAUAGUGUGCCUUCCAAUCUGAUCACUUCUAAACCUUUCGUCACAUCGAUGCCUACGAUAAUCCGAGCAAGACCUCCUAAGCCUCCAGCGCCAAGGAUACCAUUUAAAAAGCUCGAGCCGGUACCUAAGGAAUGUACCGAUUUUAAAGUUUCAAAGAGCAGUAUGAUGAAUAAAUCAUCGGCGAUAGAUUUUUCUAACGUCUGGACCAAUGACUACAAAGAAAGUAAUAGUCCAUCACCACCUAUGCCUACGAUUCCGCCACCAGCACCACCUGCGGAUUAUUUGGCAGAAUUGAAUGGCGAGCUUAGCGGAGAUUCCGAAAUUAAACCUUAUGGUAUUGCGCUGUAUGACUUCCCAGCAACGCAUCCAGAUGAUUUAGCUUUAAAAGAAGGGGAUAUUGUGCAAUUAAUAAAAAAGAUCAAUGAUGAUUGGUUGGAGGGAAGAAUAGGAAAUCGUCAAGGAAUGUUUCCAUUUAAUUUUAUUGAUAUUAAAAUACCUCUGCCAGGUUUACCGGACAACAUAGUUACAGCGCUUUAUACUUUUGUAGGAGAGACCAGUGAUGACUUGUCAUUUGAAGAGGGUGCAAAAAUUACAGUCAUAUCGAGGAUAUCGGAGGAUUGGUUGUAUGGUGAGUACAAUGGUAGAAAGGGACAAUUUCCAGCAAAUUAUGUUAAUAGACUUCCGCAUAAUAUCUAAAUAUUUUAUCAAUAUUUUAUAUUAAAUCUAUUAACAAUUUAUUGUUUUACGAGAUUCUGGAAAUCUUCGUAUUGCAAACAUUAUUUAUCAAUUAUAUCUUCAUAAAUCAAUAUUAAGGAUAAUGGAAAAAAGAUAGGGUAAAAAUGAUUUUUUUAUGAUUGUGUACAAAUUACUUGAAAAAAAUGCAAAUUUGAGAAAAUUUUAUCAACGGAAAGACUGAAUUAAACAUACGAUUUUUAUUGUCAUAUAAAAAUGUUAUAAUGUCCAAUAAAAAUAAUCAUUGAAAGUAUAAUCGCGAUAUAUUAUCUUUAGAAAUUAAAAGAUAACAUUUUCUGCGAUAUAUUGAUAAAAUAUGUACAAUUUGUUUAGUCUUUCUAAAAGUUUUUCAAUAUCAUAUAUUGUUUGCAAUAUUUUAUAAAGAUUACUGUUGAAGUAAAUCACGUAUAAAGUUUCUAUGUUUCUUAUUUUUGAGACUUUAUAUGAAUCUAUAUUGAGAAUUCUUUCACCAAAUAUCUUUUUCAUAUAUGUGCCUUAUAUGUCUUCAAUUGUAAAAAGAUCAAAAACAUCUAAUUUUCAUUUUCCUAUUACACAUAUAUUUUGUACAAGAUUGUUUAAGAUUUUCUUGAUACUGUGUAUCUAGUUUUGAAGAAUUUAUUUUAAUUUAUUUCAAAAUCACUUUAAAUAUUUCAAAAAAUUCUCUGAGAAUUUUUUUAUUUACAAAGACAUUUUUGCAAAAAUAUAUUUGAAAGUGUAUUUUCUGAUGUGUACAAAAGAUAAUCAUUUAAGCAUUAAUUUUAUAUAAGGCAUAAAAAUGGUUGAUCUGCCAAGGUUUAUAAAUAAUCGUAAUAAUCCAGUUUAGUUUAAAUAUUUGCUUCCAGUGUGUUAAUUGAAACAGUUUUGAUAGUCAGUUUUAUAAACAACCAAAUAAUAUACUUUAUUAAAGUAUACUUUAUUAUGUUCUAGAAUAUAAUUUAGUCAAAUAUAAUUUAGCACGCAAAUACAGAGUUAUAACUUUUGUGUUGUACAUAUUAUUUGAAUUUAAUACAUCUCUAAAGGUAGAACUAUUCUAUACAUCUUUCUAUUUAUGCGCUCUAUACAUGUAAAUUUCGUUUUAAGAAUAAAUUAUAAAUGAUAAAAAUGAUUAUCCCUAUAUAUAAGUAAAUAUGUUUUAUAUUUAUAUUGUCACAUUUACCACCAUGUAUUUUGAACUAAUUUAGAAUUUAUUUCAGUUAAGAGUUACCAACAAAAAAAAAACAUAAUUGAUAAUACUAGUAAUAAUAUAUAUUACAUGAGUGCAUAAUGGUGGAUAAAGACAGUUUAGAACUAUUCAUUUAUUCUACCUUUAAGAUGAAUAAACUCUUCAUGUAUGUAUAUUUAAUUAUAUCUACAUGUGAAUUAUGUGUAAUUACAUGUGACGAAAUUGAUUCGGUAAGCCGCAUUGAAAUAUAUUAAAAUAUUAGAUUUUGUAUGCAAAAAUUUAUCAAAUCACUAAAUUUUAUAAAGAAAAAAAUCAAAAUUUUUCUCCUACCGAGAAAAAUAUAAAUCUUAAUUGUAUAUAUUAAUUUAUCCGAGAAAUUCUCAUAUUAGUACAGUAUUAGCAUAUUUUUUCUAGUUAUUAGUAUCAAAGGUCUGUAUGGGACCAGGAUCUUAGCAUAUAAGAUGAGAUUAGAAAAAGCGAGUGAUAAUAGCAAAAUUGAUAGUUAUAUUUAAAAUGUAAUAAUAAAUCUUUACCAUGUAAUUAAAAUGCUAAUUAAUUUUUAAAAACUAUGCUGUUCUGCAAGGAAUACCUAAUGUGCAAUGUGAUAUUUUGCAAUGUUUAAUGUGUAAACAUUUCACAUAUGUGUGUAUGCAAAAUAAACUAAAGAAAAUAAAUAAAUUUUCCUGUA